AGUACGGCAAAGUGCGAGGGUGACAAAGUCUGGGAACGAGUAUAAUAUUAAAAUUAAUGUUCUGGUGUCAGUCUCCAGCGAACAGGGCAUCUGCUGCUUCAGUAUGAAAAGACACUGCAGUCCGAGCUGGAGAAGAGACAGGACAGCUGUAAUCAAGACAUGAAAAUCUUCCAGGAGAGAGCGGAGAGCUACGGGACGGUGUUUCAGCAGUAUAAGGAUCGUUACUGUCAGAACUCGCUGGCUCAAAAGCUACUGAAGAUUCAAGCCGGGAACGAGGAAAUCGAGAGGAGAAUCCGAGCAACCGAAGAACAAAUAUUGGAGAAGGAGAAAGAAUUGAUAGCGGCACUGGGUGAAGAUGAGCCAGCCACUGAUGCUCCAGACAGUACUCAUGAAGACAACGACGCCCUGCAAACUGAAAAGAGAGAGUCGUUUGAUGAACCCAUAAUGCAGAGGACCGAAGGACAUUCAGAUGAGCACAUGGUCGCUGGAGAUCCUUCUGAGGAGAAUAAGGAUAAAACCGCAGAAAGUGAAUCUCAAACUGACGGCUCAUGCCACGGCUUUUGGACAAAGACUGAACCUGGAGGAGAUCGAAUGCAAGAAGGUGAUCAGAAGCAGUCAGACGAGAUCAACGAAAUGGAAGGGAAUAUGAAUGCUUCGUGUGCUUCUGAGCUCAUGGUGGAAAUGCCAGAGGAGGAGGAAGAUCGUUUGGAGGUGACCGCAGCAGAUGCUCAGGAGGACACGGCAAAUGAGGAUGGCAUCUGUCCUCCUCCAUCACCAGCUAGAAGAAAAGCCACACCAACCACCCCCAUAUUCUCUCUAAACAACAGUCCCAGCUCCUCACCUGAGCGGCGGGAGAUCUCAGACACCAAGUCGCCCGCUUUUGUCUUCUCCAUGAAUUGUGGUCCAAACACACCCGCGUUCUCUAAGCUGGGCUGUGAUUUCGCUACAGAAGAGGCAUCUCCGUUUACCUUCACAAGCUCCUAUUUCAGCGACAAGAAGUCACCAGGAUCGGCACCCAAGUUCUCAGGUUUCCUGUUCGAUGAAGCCGAGAGUCGCCAAGAGGAGUUUUCCUUCUCGUUCGGGACGGCGAGCCCUCGGCAGAGCUCUUCCACACUGGACACGGCAAGUUCUGCGGAUCCGUUUCCAUUUUCAUUCAGCUUUGGAAAAAUGUGACUUCGUUGAAGCCAGUAUCGUCCUUAUAGCUGCGUUUAAGAAAUGCGUUUUAAUGUCUGUUAAAGUUACAUUCUAGAUAGUCGUGUUUGUGAUCCUGGUCAUUUUGUUCAAGUUAGUUUCAUCAUAUGGCCUUUUGAAUAUGUGUUUAUGCUAAAAAUGCAUGCAUUGGUAUAAACAAGUUAAAUUUGAACAUUGUAAUUAACAAAAAAUGUAUUUCAUGGUGUAUUUGGU